AAUGUUUUUGGCAGUCGUUCCAUAGUAUCUUGUAAAUAAUGUUGGUUCUGUUAGUUGUGGUUGUCGUAUCCCUUGUUCUCAUGAGUAGCUGUCAUAGUGUAGCUGUCCAAGUAUAGCUGUUGGUUUGUGGGCUUCCAUGAUUCAUAGGGGAUGGAGUAAUCUGGUGGUCAUUUCAGAUAUGUCCUUAAUGUACGGUAGAGUGACUAGUGUCUGUGAACGUGUUGAGUCUUCCAGUUGUGUAGGUAUCGGAGGACUAUGCUUUUUGGGUAACUGUUGUUUCUAAAGAAACUGUAUAGGUGUUCUUCCUCUGCUUUGCUCAGCUCCCUAUAAACUAGGGUCAUAGGAACAUACGAGCAGCAGUAGACUCUCAAGCAUGCUCUGCCAUUCUAGAUCAUUUACCUCCAAUGCCAUAUUCCCAUGCUAUUCCACAUCGCUUGAUGUCAUGAGUGACUAGAAGUCUAUCAAUCUCUGUCUUGAAUUUCAUCAUUGAGCUUCCAUAGCCCUUUUGAGUUAAAGAAUUUCGAAGAGAUAUUAACCUCUAUGAAGGAGUUCCUCCUCAUCUCCGUCUUAAACGGCUUGUCUUUUAUUCAGCGACUCUGUUCCCUGAGUCCAAACCCCUCUCUUUCUAUUUUGGUAAGAAUUUUUGUAGAUUUCUGAGAUCUCUUAUUGUUCCAAAUCCCAGGGGUUACAGUGUCCUCAAUCUGUUCUCCUAGGACAGUCCCACCAUCUCAGAAAUCAGUUUGGUGAAUCUCUGCAGUAUUCCCUGUAUGGCAAGUAUAUCCUUCCUCUGGCAAGUUGCAUAGAAAAACACGCCAGUGCGGUCUGUAAAUGAAUCUUUGGCACUGUUAUAUCUCCAACAAUAACUAUAAAUGGAGUUAAGUCUUGUUUAAAUGGUUUUCAAUGUUUAAUGAUAAACUACCCUCUCUCUUUUAGGAGGAAUAAGCAUCGAGUUCCACGUGAGAAGAUCAUUCAAAUGAUGGAGCGUUUUGAAUAUCCUAUUUCUUCAGAGAUAGUGUUGAAUGCAGUGGAGCCUUCUCGCAAUAAUAAAGUUUUGCUAGAUCUGCAUCCACAUUGCAACCAGAGGCAAAGAAAAACUAAGAAGAAACCAAAGGCACAUGCUCCUGUAAACAAAUGUACAAGAGGAGAAACACAGAAAAAGAAAAGGCACAGGCGACACAGAAAAGUGAAAUCUUGCCAAAACAAGAUGUCUGAGAUGAAAGCUGAAACCCAUUGGUGUGCAAGAUGUCAGGAGCAGCACGCAACUAAAUAUGAAGAUGAUCUCUCAAAUGAAGAGCACAGUGAAUCAGAAAACCUCCAUGCUACUUAUUUGAUAACUACACUGAGAGUUUCUCGAGAUCAAAUUGGACCGCAAGUAGAGAAGAUUCUUAACUGCAAACCAUUUAAAUAUGAACAAGUUGUUAAAGGACAUUUAAAAAUGACAGAUGUUUUGCCUGAAUCAUCAUGUGAUCUACACAUACAACUAUUAGAAAGUUUUGAAGAUUCAUUUGAUUUAGAAAAUGUCUUGCCUUUAUCAGUUAUUUGCUGGGAAGCAAAUCGAGUAGUUUUGGAACUGAGCUGUUGUAUUUACAGAAGUGAAAAAGCCCAAGUUGGUUCUAUGCAGCACCCAUCUGAGUUUGAAAGUAUAUUGAAGAAAGCAUUAUUGGAGUACGUUCAAGGUGAGGGACCUGUAACAAUCCUAUCUUUAGAAGACAAUACCAUAGAGUGUGAAAGAAAGGAAUUUGUCAAUCUAAUUUUGUCCAAAAUUUUUUUAACUAAUUUAUUAGAAAACGAAAAAAAAUCCGGUUGGGAAUACUGUGAUUGGCCUGUAAGUGAUAUACACAGGCCUUCUGAGCAGAGGCAAAAGGAAGAAUAUCGAUUCAAACAUAGAGAUGUUUUAGUUAAAAAUCAGAUUGAAAAUAAUCCAUUGACUCAUAGUCUCCUUUCUCCUGAAAGCUCUUCCAAUAAGAGAGCUUCUCAAAAAAACAAUUGUGUUUUGCCACUGUGCAGGCAAGAUAACUCUUCUAAAAUGAAAUCAUUUGCACUUCCUAACCUUCUUUCUGAAACAGCUGAUGGCAUGAAAGAAAAGCACGGUUUUUGUACUGAUAAAUGGAUUAAUGAAACUGAUAAAGAGCUAACAUUGCAAGAUUAUGUUUAUAAUCCACCAUUCACCAGGAUAAAUUCCAGACGAAAACAAAAAAAAUUCUGCAGAUUAGCACCUACUUUUCAGAUUUCUCGACACACCCCAGUGGAUUUGGAAAAAAACAGAAGGCAUGAAUUCUUUAUAAAUGAGACCAAGCCAAUGAACAGUGUGUCAGCAACUAAUGUCUUUCAGAGUGAAAUAGCAAAAACAAAACUUGGUAUACUGGAAACCACAGGAACAUGCUAUGAAAAACUGGACCAAACUGUUGUUGAGGGUUCUCAAUUCUGUAAAACCAUUUCAUUGUGCAAAACAACCUAUAAUAGUGUAAAGAGGGAAAGCAGAAGUAAAAACAGUUUGAUUAAAAAGACACAAGAUGAAUCGUGUAAUGUACAGUCAUGGCACACUGUCAGAGGUGAAACAAUGCAUAAUGAUCUGCUUUCACCUCCACCAAGUGAAACACAAAUGCAUCCCGUUAAUUCUUCUGUGACUAGAUUAAACCAAAGCAAAACAGCUUUCACAGAAAAACCAAUUUCACUGUCCUUGCCUUAUGCAAACAUCUUCAGUUCUCCUGAAGCUUUUUGUUACAAAUUAGACAACUUGAAGAAAAAACAUUAUUUGUCUCAGUUCAAACAAUACAGAGCGUCAACCUGCAAUCCGUGUGUUGGAUGUGAAUUAGCAGAAAAAUCAAGGCAAGCCAUUGACCAAGAACUUCUAAAGUGCUCGGAAAAAUGCCCUUUUCUUGAACUGCAGUUAUCACUUGAAUUUGCGUUACAGCUUGUAGAGUUGUUUGGGUCGCCUGGUAUUGAUCCUGACCUUCUACGUGCUGAAGACUGUAAAGUUCAUUUAGACAAGCAAACAGCAAAAAUGAUACAUUCACAGUGGAAGAAGUCAGUGGAGGCAAGUUAUCAUAAGUUUUCUGUUUUUAAAGUAAUGCCAAAUUAUGAUGUUGCAGAUAUUUAG